AACUGAUAUUUAUAACACUACAAGUAGUAUACUCUCUAAACUAAGACUGCAACUGCGAAGAAGAUGUGAGAAUAUUGGAACAAAUAAUUGGGAUUUAUAUUUCCAGUAGAUGCUGGUUUUCCAUACUAAACGAAAUGUGCUGUGACCGAUUACUAUAUACAUUGUCUCUAUACAUGUUAGUGGGUGUGGCCACCACCGGGACAACACCUAUCUGUGCGGAGGAUUCAGUCAGUUACGUCACGGAUGCUGGGUGUCGGAACGUGUGGCGCUGUGUAGGGGGGCGGUUGUCCAGUAAGCCGGUGUUUACCUGUGGGUCCAACAUGGUCUUCAGUGAGGUGCUUAGCAUGUGUGUUUGGCAGGGACGGGAACAUGAUGAUUGCUCUUCGUCCACAGUAACUUCAGACAAACCGCCUGUUCCAACAGACCAUACUGAGCAUACCAUGUGUGUUGCUGGUUCUGCUGCAGCUCCCCACGAGUCGGAGUGUCACUUGUUCUAUGACUGCUCGAACCAGUCUACCUCUAAUGACACAAAGGUACAACCAGGCAUUAUCAUCCGGGAAUGUGAAUACCCUAAACUCUUUUCCGGUAUCACUAAGAUGUGUGAAAACUUCCUCGACGUGCAUUGUGGUAGCAGACGAGAACCUAUUGAUAAAUGUGACUAUCUGGGAAGUAGCGAGUGUAAUUCCUCAGAGGUCUGCCCCCCAUGCGCCAUGCGGUACCCUAGUUGCAAAGAUCAAACUAACGGCCCUCAUGCUGACGUCAUCACAUCAGAUCCAUCAAGCUACCUGGUCUGCUUCAAAGAUCGCCUGGUUGCCCGAGGAAACUGUGAAAACGACAGGUUCGGAGAGAAAAUGGUUUUCUACGAGAACGGGGGACUUGGGACAAGCGGUUCCUGUUGGAGUGUUCACGAUAUUCCACAGAACGACGGGGGUCUACUCCCAACGUGUUCAAAGGGGGUUUUCUUCAAGAUGUUUCCAGACGCUGGAGGAGCAUGUAAUAGAUUCUAUGAGUGCGUGUACGGCAUGGCCUUUGUCAGACGUUGUCCUGGAAACCUGGUAUACGACUCCCGCCUUAGUGUCUGUAGUUCCAGGGAAUACGUAUGCUUCCCUUGUGGUUCACGAAUCUGCGUGUAGUAACGAUACGAACAGCACAUCCUCAAUUGUCUGCCGUCCCACAUCCGGGCACACUCGCGGUUCCGUAUAGUGGAGGAAGAAAUGCAUAUCCAAUAUUAUUCUACUGACUGAUCGAAAUAAACAUGUAUUAACCAGC